AUGUAUAAAGUAGAUCUGUCAUCAGAUCCCAAGGAGGUGGCAGCCAUCGAGGCUAGAAGAAAUCGAGAAAAGGAGCGACAGAGCCGAUUUUUCAAUGUGCGGAACCGAGUCAUGGGGAUGGAUGUUGAAGCCCUGAACAACCAGGUGGAAGAGCGAAAGCUUCGGGAGGCAACAGAGCAGAGCAAGGAGGCAGCUUAUGGUACCAACCAGGUGCGAUAUGAUCUGGUAGUCCAGAUGCUAGAGAAGGAAGAGGCAGAACGGACUCAUCGACUAGCCAAGAAAGUUCAGCAGUUUCGGGAGCAGAAGCAGCAGCUCAAGAACAGGCAUGAAUUUGACCGUUGGGAUCCAGACCAACUCUGGAAGGAGUUUCCAGCCCAUCUCAGUGACAGUGAUCCCUACUAUGGCCCAGCCAGCCUGCAGUACUUCUCUGGGGAAGACCCAGGUAGGGCCAGGUGCCUGAAAAUGCAGCAGGAGCAGUCCAGGUACUGCCUGGAGAGACAGCUGCAGGAGCAACAACAAGCUAAGGUUGAUGAGACAUGUGCAGAUACGCUCAGGGACCAGCUGCGCCUAGCCAUAGAUAUGCGGGCCACCCAGCUGGCCAGGCUGGAGGAGUCCUGUCGCGUGGCCAUGAGGGUUGCCAUGGCCAAUGUCAACAAAGCCCAGGCAGCUAAGCUGGCUGAACGGCAGCACCGUGAGCAUCAGCACAAACAAGAGGCCAACCUUGUGGAGAUCCAGAACCAAAUCACAAGUGACCUACUGACUGAGAACCCCCAGGUCGCCCAACACCCUACGGCUCCCCACCGGGUUCUGCCCCAUUGCUGGAAGGGCAUGACUCCAGUGCAACGAGCUGCCAUCAGGAAAGCCCAGGAGGCACAGUGCUGUGAGAAGAAGGCACAGCUCCAGGCUGAACAAGCAUUGGAUACCGAAUGGGAAAACCAGACCAUCUGCUCAGCCCAGGCAGCUCUGGAGCUAGAAGAGCAGGAGAGGGAAUUGUGUGCUGAAUUUCAGAGGGGGCUGGGCUCUUUCAACCACCUGCUGGCUGAGGAGCAAAAAUCCCAGCAGAAUUAUCUGAAUUCAAUGAUCUACACCAAUGAGCCUACAACCCAAUAUUACCUACAGUUCAAUACCAGCAGCCGCUGAGCUGAGGAUGGUCGUCUCUCCCUUCUUCCCCAUCAAGCUUACAGAUGGCUAGGAGUCAAAGAGAAAAAUGCCACAUACCCCCACUUCUAAUCCAUUUCCCAAUGGGAGAGAGCUGAGCAAGUACCUCCACCUUCUACCCUAGGUAAUAAAGUUAUUCACUAAAAUCAA